UGUCAAGAUGAUCAUCGUAUGGAUUACAUUGUUUUUUCUUCACCGGGGAUAUACUUUAAUUCCAGUGAAAACGGUUCAGCUUGGUGAACCAGCGACUAUAACAUGUGCUAUACCCAAAGAGCUCAGCAGUAGAGGAGUCCACUGGUACAAGCAGAGUUUUGGGCAAACUCUGAAGUUAAUAGUGACAGUAUUCAAAUCUACAGAACCUACUUUUGGCCCUGAAUUUACUAGUUUGAAAUUUGAUAUAGGUAAUGAUUUUGCCAGCCUGACCAUUUUGAAAGUAGAUCAAGACGAUGAGGGAAUUUAUCACUGUGCAAACACAGAAAGGAUUGGAGUUAAAUGGAGUGGGACGUAUUUGUUGGUAAAAGGAAACACUCAGAGGACAUCAAACUAUACAGUUAGUCAGCUGCUGAUAGAAUCAAACCCAGUUCGUUCAGGAGACACAAUGACUCUUCAGUGUUCAGUCUUCUCUGACUCUGACAAGACAUGUCCAGGAGGUCUUAAUGUUCUCUGGGUCAGAACUGGAGCAAAUCAAGCUCAUCCCAACAUCAUCUACACUGAUACAAAUAGAAGUAAUGAAUGUGAAAAAAGCUCUGACCCCCAGGACAGAUGUGUUUUUCGGUUCUCUAAGAAUGUCAGCUCCUCUGAUGCUGGGACUUACUACUGUGCUGUGUCCACAUGUGGGGAGAUAUUAUUUGGAAAUGGAAUUACACUGCAUGUUCGAGAAAGCAGUGCGUGGUCGCAGACUGCCAGUAGUGCUCUUUUUCUGCUUUUUGCUGUCUUGGUUAUAAGCCUGGUUGUUAUUGCUGUCCUCAUUUACACAAUCAACAUAAACAACAGUGAUCAUUCUAAAGUUGCAGUCCCGCAGAAAAACUUUAGUUGUCAGAAAGGGCAACAGGAGUGCAGCAAAGACCAGACUGAGGCAACAUGA